AAAUCGUGUUGCUAAACAUGUGUAAAGUAAAAAUAUGAUUCACUCUGAAACCACCAGAAAUGAAUUUAGCUAAUAUUCGUAUGAAGGAAGUACACACGCGACAUUUAAAAUGUAAAACAUGAACUUCCGAUAGUUCAGACAGUCAGACCCCACGUGGUCUGCAACGCGCCGUUGUAGAGUAGAAACGACAAGUCCAAGAAGUCUGAUCGACACAAAAGAAAAAGCUGGAGGUGCUGGAGAUGUUAACAUGGUUGGAAAGGUGAAACAUGUCCGUCAGAAGCUCCAUCAGGAGGCCGUGAAGCUCCACGGUUCCCACAUCAUCACUCAGCCCAGCGGGACGGAGCGGUCCCAAAGUCCGCCAGAGCUCCACAACACACCGCCGGGGCCCCGCAACACACCGCCGGGGCCCCGCAACACACCGCCGGGGCCGCGCAACACACCGCCGAGGCCAGAGGACAAAGAACCGAGCCGAGGCGAAGGACAGGCUGUUUCUCAGAGCUUCUUUCCUUCUGGGAUAUUUUCUGCCACAAAGAUCUCUGCAGAGUCCCUGGUCCAAACACUCAGCUUUGAGGAACGCCCAAAAGUACAACCCAGCAACACAGGACCAGAGACAAAGAAACUCAAGACAAAGAAAGAGAAGAUGAAGGAAAGAAGAGAACGAUGGCUCAGCAAGAUCAGCUUCAUCAGGCAGACCAAGGAGAAGCAGGCGGCAGAGGCCCGGCGGCGGGCCACCCCUGUGGUGGGAGACCUCAGGCCGCUGGUGGACGCCCUGCCGGAGCUCUGCCAGCUCAUUAGGCCCCCUGCUGCCUUGGGAUCCCGUCGUAAGACGAGGAAGAACAAAACGCCCAUGAAGAGGCCUGAGCCGACGGACUUCAGCCAGAUGAAGCAGUCCCAGAAGCGUAAACUGCUGGAAACCGAAAGCAGCCGCUUCAGCGACGCAGUCAGGAUACUCUCCGGCAAACAGAACCCACUGCUGGACAUUGGAGAGCAGCUAAAGAAGAGGAUGAGGCAUGAGGAAGAGCAGGGCCCCAGUUAGUAGCAGGUGGACGCUCAGACUGGACCCCCUGAUGACUGUAGUCUUAUGCUUUCUGUUGUGACUCUGAGUAUUAUCAAAAAUGACUUUCCAGUAAGAGUCCACUUCUGCUUGUCCCUCUCAAACAUCUUUAGAGGAUCUUCUUGUUCUUUUGUUGUUCACCAAUAAGAGUCCUCCGUGUUUCUGGAGAGGAUGAUGAUGGCCACAAAGCCAUCAUCAUCCUCAAAGAUGUUCAGCAUCUCAAUUGGUUCCUCUGGAAAUGUCAUGCUGAACUUCUUCACAGCUGGAAGUUCUAAGACCCUGAGCAUUGUCUGGGUGGUAAGCUGUGGUUAGAUCAGAGGUAAGACAAACCUAAUCAAUAGGAGCUUCAGGGCUCAUGUGGACCAUUAGUGCUCAUUAAUAAUGGAUGCUACAGGAAGAGCAGAGGCUCAAAUAAAGUCAUUAGAGCUUUGCAAAACCAAACAUUGACUUUCUGAACUUAGAGCUUGCUAACGUCUGACGAUGUUGUGUUAUGUUGUCAUUUUGGUAUGAUUGGAAGCUUCAACAACAGCUUUUAUUGGGGUUAAUGUUGAGCGGUGACGGUAUCCUAAGCCAGUGUGUCUCAGCCCUGGUCCUCCACCCCCUGCAUGUAUGAGCUGCUGCUUUUCUUCAGCCCAACUGAUUUCAGGUAUUUGCUGAACUGCAUUCACCUGAAUCAGGGUACUAAAGCAGGGAGAUGUCUAAAACAUGCAGCACAGUGUGACUUGAAGACCAGGCUUGGGAAAUGCUGCCUUUAAACUCCACAACUUUCUCCCUGCUGUCUGUUUUCACAUCAAGUUCACUGAAGUUUGGAAAACACAGAAUCAUGGCAAUAAACUGAUGAACAUGUUUUUUUUAACUAAUUUGUAUAAGAUGUGGUGCAGAUAUGCUGAAUGAAGCUGAAGAGAUAAUCAACACCUUCCUCAAAGAAUGAUGAUGAUGAUGAUGAUGAUGAUGAUGAUGAUGACGGGACGGGCUUUAAGAGUAAACGAGUAAAUAAAGGAGCAGCUCAUUGAUGACUGGAGUCAUUUCCACUGAAACUGGAGUAUGUUGGUGUUGUGCUCCUGAAAAAUUAGAGUUUAUAUUUAUGACCUGAACUCAACUGCAAAUUUGGCUCCAGCUUUAAUAAGCCUUCAUCGUACAGAAAGCCAAACAAGAAUGAGCUAUGCAGUGUUAAUCUAGCUAAUAUAGUCUAAAUGAAGAAAUAGGCAGUUACCCUGUUGACAAAAACAGUAAGGUGAAGAUGUUCAUUAGAUUUGAACAUAAUUAGCAUUAGUGACCCCACAGUUGCCAACUCAACAAUUGUCUUGCUUCAUUGAGCAACAGUUCCGUAAAAAAAAAAAAGGUAUUUCCCAAAAUCGGAAUUGGAAGGUUAAGGUUUUUAAAAGAUCGGUGAUUGGCCAGAAAACUGCAAUCGGUGCAGCCCUGAGUUACAAUUAGAUCAGCCUUAGUUUGGUUCUUAGCUGUUUUAGUGUAUGUUCAUUUCUUCCCUAUGUCUAGUUAUUUGUUAAAUUCAUUUUGCAAAUAAAUUUAAUAAAUAUUUCUUUGUAAAUA